AUGCCCACCUCUAGCCAAGCUUUAGCCUACCUGAAACAUGUCACAGAUUCUUGUGUUGGUGGGCAGGCCCUGUCAGCUGAUUCUACCUCUGCCUGCCAUCUGCCGAAUGUUUUCCCACAAAGGUAUGAAGAGGAUACGCAUUCUACAUCCCAUGUUGGGCUACGUGUCCUUGGAGAAGUUUUACAGCAAAGACCCCACGGAAGACCGUACAGGAGUGAACUGGUACUGCCACCUAUCAACAAUCCAACAACACAGCCUUUGACACUGGUAGCCAGCGAUUCCAGAAAGGCAACUGAAAUAACAUGUAACAACAAACAUUGCCGACAAAGGCGGAAGGAGAGAAGUAGAGACAGUGAAUCCAACACAUUUGAGCAUUGUAAAAAUGUUGGAAUCAGCCAAAUCAGCGAUUCCCAGUUCAGCCAGAACUUGGAAGCUACAAGAGGCUUGCCAAAGAGAACACGUAUCAACUCGGACCUGCCGCACAAAACUGGCCAUGGAGAACAGGAUUUCUUGGCAGGAGCCAUACCUACGUCCGCGUGUUCCCAGCAGUCGAUGGUGUCCAAUACGUCGGACGUGUGGACACAGGGGGACGCAUCUCUUUCACAAGAUGUCAACGACCCCAACUGUAAAAAACCGUUGAUGACCUGCGUUCUUAAUCUCAACCUGUGGGAUCAGUCAUGUGAAACACACUUCGACAACUCUUCGUGCAUUGGCAUUCUCUCCUACAACCAUCAGAUGGGCAGGCACGAAUGGAGCCUGGUUCCUCAGAACUCGCCGAUUCCCUUCAGGGCCGUUCGUGGCAGUUACAUCAAGAGCAGGAAUCCCGUAGAGAGUUCCACAUUGUCUGCUUUACCUGACCAGAGUGGCAACUUCAGUGACGGGGCCCAGCUCAAGAAAGACAGUGACGAAGAUAUGUUGGCACAGACUGGAGUAUCAGAACUGUUCGCUCAGCAAUGUGAUAACUUGGAGGAAGAAGAAAUGAAAAACAGAAAAGAACUUUCGGAGCAUGAAGGUAUAGAAAGAUGGCAGAUACACGAUCCAGACGUGAUUCAUGCCUUUCCAGGACAGUUUCAGUUUGCACAUGCGCUCAGUAAACAGGAUUAUCAUCAACCCAAAGCCUCAAACACAAGUGAAAGCAGUCGGCUGAUUCAGACCUGGAGCGAAAGACUCAAGCCUAGUGGCAUCAUAUACAAUGAAAGCUACUUCUUUGAGGAAGACGCUGAAGAUAUAAUCCCUCACUUCUUGGAAACAUUAAUCUCGGCACCGAAAGGAGGCGAAGAAGUCAGCGUUCAUUACCUGCCCAACAUUGCUGAAUCGGACUAUGGCCUUCAUGUUACUUCAGCUCCAAUACUAAAAUGUCGCAGUUUUAAAGUUACAAGCAGACCGGCGUUGUAUCAGAGGAAGAGGGACAAGGUUCAACCAACAGCACACCAUAGGAGGCUCAAUAAAGUCAGUGUGAAGCCUCCAGAACCUUCCGAGCCGGCUUCAGGAAAGUCUCUGUCACCCGAGCGCAACUCUAGAGCAGCAGAACACACGGAUACGUUGUGUACCUUGCAGGAACCAGGCGUCGGCGACGUUGAUGCAGCCGCUCAGAUGGAAACCCACAUACAGAUGUCUACCCCCAUGGAGGCCAGAGUUCUACGCAUGCGCACUGAGCUGCCACCAUCUCAGCCUAACAGACUUUGCUUCCGGACAACAUUGUCCGGCUGCUCUCACAACGAAGUCAUCAGUGGAAUUGAGUCGCAGAAAAAUAUCAAGGUCACCUGGCUGCAGUACGAGCCAGUUUCCCUCCACUACACAGAUGUGGCAAAGCCAGAUUAUCGCCAUUUGUGCAUGUGGCUGUUCGAGGUGUCCAGUGAGUCCGACUUGCCGAGGCUUCUGUUGGAGGGCUUCACGCUUAGAGGGCAGCACAUGAACGUCCUUCACCUUGACGAUGUCUACUUGGAAGAGUUCAGAACCUUUAACAUGUGCAAUGACGUUCUCAUGGAGCAACGGUCCAAACAUUUAAUCAAAAACAAGAACAAACGACUGCUGCGGUCCAGCCCCACAGUCUUGUGA